AAUCGAGCAAAAAUCCUUUAUCUCGUAACCCUGCCUCGAUAGACUAUCAUCGAAGAUUUUCGUGAGAUAACUACUAUAAAUUCUUUCGUAAAUUUGAGCCCGAUGUCUGUCAUUGCGUGACAGUGCUGCGUGACGCGCAUGACAAGAGUCUGACAGGAACGUGGUAGACGUGACUUGAAUGCAUGUUGGCUGUCACUCUUUCGGGACCAUUCUUGUCGCCCCAUCCUUGACGUCAAGGCAUACUUAUGUGACGUCACGGGUUGUAUAAAUACCGCUGCCGAUUACUCACUCGAAUAUAAUUUGACAGCGAAAGCAACGAACAAAAAAGAAAAAAAGGCACUCGAAUGCCAUGAAAUUAUGAGAAGAGACUGUCAGAUAGUAGAAAUGUUUCCACAGGAAAAACAGCUCAACACAGGCUUAGAAGUUCCCAAGGCCGUGUUCACACGGCGAGUGAGAAAAGAGACGGAAAAACGGUCAAUGAUUGUGGAUCUCGUGGCGGGUGGAUUGGGUGGCUCGACUGGCGUGAUCCUAACCUGCCCGCUUGACGUCAUCCAGACUAGACUCCAGUCCUCCGCUUUCAGGCUGCAACGAAUUUCCCAACUCGGCCUUAACAUGGCGGGCAUUGAGGCGACGUCGAGUGUUUCUAAACCGACGAACUUUUACGGCGUGUUCUCCUACGGGAGAUACAUUGCGAGGACAGAAGGGGCGCGCUCUCUUUUUAAGGGACUCUGCCCCAACUUGUUAGCUGUAACGCCAUCUAGGGCUAUUUAUUUCACGACGUAUCAGAAGCUAAAGGAGUGGUUGAACAAUGGCGGGAUACUGGCGGCUAAUUCAUCCAUGGUGUACUUGGUGUCUGGUGCUUCAGCGCAGAUCGUGAAUUCCACCAUCACGAACCCCCUGUGGUUUCUGAAAACGAGGCUACAAUUAGACUUUAAAUGCGGCCGUGAGGUGAAACUGGCGCGCGUUGUCCGCCAGGCGUAUGCGACGGAAGGGAUUCGCGCCUUCUAUAAAGGGCUCAGCGCCUCAUACCUCGGAUCUAUAGAAGUAGGACUCCACUUUGCGAUUUACGAGAACUUGAAACAGCAACUCUUGCGCUCGCAGAACAAGACAAACGACCACCAGUUCACGCUAGCCGAGUGCACUCUAGCGGCGGGCAGCGCAAAGGUCGUGUCGACAGGUCUUUGUUACCCGUACGAGGUGGUCCGUACUCGCCUUAGGCAGCAGGAAAGUGACGUGCUUGGGAAACAGCGCUAUAGGACUUGCUUACAGACCCUAAGGACUGUGUUUGUUGAAGAGGGGUGGUUCGGUCUGUAUGGCGGCCUGGGCACGAAUCUUAUGAAACAGGUUCCCUUUACUACGGUGAUGUUCUGCGUGUACGAGGGAGUGAUCUACAUGAUGGGGCAGUGAGGAACCUCGCUUAACCGGACACACGAGGACCAACCUCUUUAACGUGGACAUGCAAGAAAUGCUUACAAACGAAUGCAGCCAUGUUUGACUUCAAGAGAAACCUUUUAUAGCGGACACUUGAGGACAGUGUGCAGUGCAGUCAUCACAAAUGGGCCUGAUUAACACGGACAUCAUAGCUACAAACUGAAAGCUUUUAAUAAGACCUUAAAGUCUGCCCUAGUUAAGUCAAACACCUUAGCAUGGGGCCCAAUACUUGUGAAACACUUAAACCUGAUUAACAAGAACGCAUCAGAAUUUUAAUUUAUUAUAGGUCAUUAUUUAUACUUAAACACAAAAUUGAAUUUUUGAAAAUCGCGAAGCUUUGCAAUGUUAUUUAUACAAGAGCGCUUUUAUAAGCUAUUUAUUUUGAAGACAAAAUUUUAAAACCUAAUAUAUGAGCGACAUUAAUAAAGUUAUUUAUAAAUAGCAUGCAUUAUCUAUUAUGUGUGGUAUAUGUACAUAACCUCCCGCUGUAAGUUGUUUCGUCCAGGGCCGCGCUGAAACGCGCCUUAGUGACUCGAUAAAAUUGAUUCCUUCAAUGAUACUUUUUGAUUUAUUGGACACCUGUACAUAUGGAUCGGUUGACCAGAUAUGUCAUAUUCAGAAAAAAAUGCAAAUGUAGACGUCAAUAAAGUUCAAGUCCUACCUUGA